AUGAGGCUAUGUGAAUUUGUAUUAGUUUUUCUCUUUUCUUUGUUUUCUCUUGGAUAUGCUUCUUUAAACGAGGAAUAUAAUGAAAGAUUAUAUUUGGAAAACUUGUCAAAUCGGCAUACCUACGCUUCAUUCACCUUUGAAAUUGACACGAAAACAAACAAAGAAAAUGGAUAUGCAUUUUCAGAACGAAAUUAUCAAUUUUUUCCGCUUUCUCUUGCCCGAACAAUGAAGGAUCAAAAGGCAAUGGACCUUCAUGUUAGGGCAACUAGGGGUAGAUGGGAUUAUGGGUUUUGGAAGCAACCUCCUGACAAUGGAUUUCAUUCUGGUGGGUCCGGUUUUGAGGUUUGGGCUUCCUUUAUUGAUGAUCAAGAUAUAGACUCCUGGUACAAAUUAACUAGUCAGCUUUCAGGUUUGUUUUGUUUUUCUUCAAAUAACAUCGAUGACUUGAAUACAUAUCAACCUCUUCUUUCUUUUGUACCAUCUUCGUUCACCACUUCGCAUUCUCGAUACUUUGCUUCCCUCCCACAAGAGUCCGUCUGCACGGAGAAUCUCUCCUCUUUGCUCAAAUUUUUACCUUGUAAAAAUAGGGCUGGAAUUGCUUCACUUUUGGACAGCCAUUUGUUGUUUGACACGGAUUGGUAUUCUCUAUCUAUAGACAUUGUGCCCAAUCUGGUUGAUGACCUUAGCUCCAUGAAAUUGAUUGUCAAGAUUCAAACUGUCAUUGACGUGGAAAGGACAAACAGAAGAAAAGAUAGAAUUAGAUUUCCACCUCCUCCUGAAUUUUGCGGUGAUGAUAUUACUCAUGAUCCUUUACGUUGCUUGACUGCCACUUACACAUCAAGUUUUCAUACUCUCGAAGACCUAUUUCACAAAUCCCUCGAAACGAGAUGUCCUUUUUCAUCUUCUGAAAGUGACAUAUAUGUUAAAAAUUCUUCUAAUUCUGUCGUUGGGUAUCCUUUGCAAAUGGUGGAAGAGAUAUCUAUUCCUGUUCUACUUGAAAAACGCCCGGAAUUUCCAGUUUUUGUUGAAAGGUCUUUAACGAAUUCUGGAAAUCAUUGGGGUGGUAUCGUUUCAACUUUUACUAAUCCCUCUGAUGAUUCUUAUAGUAUUGUGUACUUUGAACGAUUACCUUGGUAUGCUCGCGUGUAUCUUCAUACUAUGAAAAUAACCGUUAAUGAUAAACCGGUAUCCUCUAAUGAAUUUUUCCAGGACCAAGUGUACCAACCCUCAAAAGACCGUAAAGCUGGAACUAUGAUUGAGUCUCGAUUCACGAUUCAUGCUCAUUCAUCUGUCGUUAUGUCUUAUGAUAUAGAAAAAACAACUUUACGACUUCAAGAAUACCCACCAGAUGCUAACCGGGGUUAUGACCUUCCACCUUCAAUCGUUAGCGUUUUUAGCAGAGACGAUGUUGAAAUAUGUCAAUUGCGAACCUCGGCUCUUUUAAUGUUUAUUCCUACGCCCGACUUUAGUAUGCCAUACAACGUUAUAAUUUUGACAUCGACCGUUAUGGCUUUAACGUUUGGAGGAAGCUUUAAUUUCCUCACAAGAAAAAUCGUUCCUGUCAGCGAAUUACCAAAAUCGCAGAAGCCAUCCUUGCUCCGAAGACUCCGCUCUAAAUUGAAGAGAAAAGACAGGGACUCAAAUUGA